UGUGAGUGAGUGUGUGUGAGUGUAUAAGAGCAGCUAGACGGGCGGAGAAGGAAGGACCACAGCAGCUCACCAAGUGAUGAUCUGCCUGCACUCAAACAGAGAGCUCAUCUCGUCACUGUGGACUCACCGCCUCCGUCUGACGCACCUUUUCUGACUCCUUCUCCUUGGGGAGCGGUGGGGGGUCCCGCCGGGUGGGUUUUGGGCUGCGGAUAACAGCAGCGGCAGAUGUUUGAAGAUAAUUGGCUGUUUUUUGGGGUAAACCCGAAGAUUGUGUACGUUUCCUCCUCUUGUGGCUCCUCCGGGUGACGAGGACGACUGUGGACAUUUAAACGCGCACUAUGGAAUAACAACAACAAGGAGGAGACUUUCACCAUGAACAGCACGCAGAGCGGUGGGUUGAUCCAAGGCUACCACAACAGGAGCGCCUCAGGCGUCUCGCCACCCGACAACGAUCUAGCGGCCGAGGGGAAAGACGCGUCGGCGGGAUGCUACGAGCAGCUGCUCAUUUCCACGGAGGUCUUCCUCACUCUGGGCAUCAUCAGCCUGCUGGAGAACAUCCUGGUCGUCGCCGCCAUCGUCAAAAACAAGAACCUCCACUCGCCCAUGUACUUCUUCAUCUGCAGCCUGGCCGUCGCCGACAUGCUCGUCAGCGUCUCCAACGCCUCCGAGACCAUCGUCAUCGCGCUCAUCGCCGGCGGCACCCUGACCAUCCCGGUGGCUCUGAUCCGGAACAUGGACAACGUGUUUGACUCGAUGAUCUGCAGCUCUCUGCUGGCCUCCAUCUGCAGCCUGCUGGCCAUCGCCGUGGACCGCUACAUCACCAUCUUCUACGCGCUGCGCUACCACAACAUCGUCACCCUGCGGCGCGCCACGCUGGUCAUCGGCAGCAUCUGGACGUGCUGCACGGUGUCCGGCAUCCUCUUCAUCAUCUACUCGGAGAGCACCUCGGUGCUCAUCUGCCUCAUCACCAUGUUCUUCACCAUGCUGGUGCUCAUGGCGUCGCUGUACGUCCACAUGUUCCUGCUGGCCCGUCUGCACAUCAAGCGGAUCGCGGCGCUGCCGGGCCACGCGCCCAUCCACCAGCGCGCCAACAUGAAGGGCGCCAUCACCCUCACCAUCCUCCUCGGGGUGUUUGUGGUGUGCUGGGCGCCUUUCUUCCUCCACCUCAUCCUCAUGAUCACCUGCCCCAGGAACCCCUACUGCACCUGCUUCAUGUCCCACUUCAACAUGUACCUCAUCCUCAUCAUGUGCAACUCCGUCAUCGACCCCAUCAUCUACGCCUUCCGCAGCCAGGAAAUGAGGAAGACCUUCAGAGAAAUCUUCUGCUGCUCGCACGCGCUGCUCUUCGUGUGAAUUCCAACGGGGACUUUGGGAUGUCGGCUGUAACGAUUCAUGGGUGGGGCUCUUGCCUUUGGUGUGCAGAAGAAAUAUACACUGCUGCUCAGCUGCUCAGUGGAAAAAUGCUAU